GGUUUCGUAAUCUUUCUCGCUGAUUUUGCAUGGAAAAAGCAAAUAACUAAUAUUAAAAAAGUAUUUUAAAGUACCUUGUGAUGGCAGGCCUCAUACAAUUACGCCAUAUGCCACUCAUGCGAAGAUGUGUGUGGAAUCAUUACGCUAAAAUCAGUCGCAAUAUAUCUACAUCAAAAAGAAAUAGCGAUACAGCAGCCACUGCUUGCGAAACAAAACCUGAAGAUAAAAAUUGGGUGAGCUAUGGAUUUGACUAUACAAGCAAAGAAGAAGAUACCAACGCCCACCAUUCUUCGUUCUUCUUUUCAGUCACACUUUGUUUGGUAUUUGGAGGUUUCGCAUGGGCAUACGCACCUGAUGUCCAUAUGAGAGACUGGGCUCAACGUGAAGCAUUUUUAGAAUUACGAAGACGUGAAAAGGCGGGUCUUCCACCAAUAGAUCCUAAUUUUGUAGAUCCAAGUUCAAUUAGAUUGCCAUCCGAGUCUGAGCUUUGUGAUGUGGAGAUCAUCAUUUAAUUAAGAUCCAUUGCAUACUGAUAUUUGUUGAAAUUAGGUAAAUACAUGAUUAGUAAAUUUGCU